AUGUCCCUCAAACUCCAAGUCUAUGAAGAUGUGGCUGAACAACAACAACAACAAUGGCCUGAUGUUUCCCUCCGUAAGCAACUCUCCCAAUCCGACCCCAAAUGGUUCAUCAAGCCUUCUAAUUAUUCUCACUUGGCAGAGUUGGAGAUUUAUCCAAGAGUUUUCCUUGGUUCUCAGUGGGAAGCAAAGGAUCCAGACUGGUUUCAAACUCACAGAAUUUCCCAUGUUUUGAAUGUGAGUACGCUGCAGAAUACCUUCCAGAAGAAGCCUUUGUAUUAUAGUAAUUUAUCAACAAAUUCCUCAUCGGAUCCAGAGAAUACAAAUCCAAAUAUUAUGAUGAUGAAUAGUAUGAGUAGUGGUGGUAGUCAUAGUGUAAAUAAGAAUACAACAUUGAGUGGUAAACAACAGGUACAUGUAAAUUAUUUAAAGAUUAAUGUUGAUGAUUCGACGGAUGUGAAUGUGAGAAAGUACUUUGAAAAGGUGAUUGAUUUUGUGAGGGAUGCUUUGGAAGGAUCCCCAACAAGUAAUGUUUUAAUUCAUUGUAAGGAAGGUAAAUCUAGAUCAGUGACCAUGAUGUUAGUGUUCGGAAUGGCUUACUUUGAUUUAUCACUCUAUGAAGCAUAUAAACACUUUGAAAAUAAGACUUUUAACAGAUCGAGAAUUAAUUUGGGAUUUCAAUUACAAUUGAUGAAUUAUGAAGUGGAAUUGUUGGAGGCAAAAGGUGUGGAAAAACCAAAGAAUUCGCUGGAUUUCCUUAAUCAAGCAGCAGUUAAUAGUUGUCGUAGUAAUGUUACACAACCUCAACCAAUUCAAAUCACAACAACAGAAGAACAAUCAAAGAGACCUCGAAGAAAUACCAAAAAGACACCACUCUCGGAUAUUACUAAUACUGGAGCCACUACUUUACAGCCACCACCAUCAAAAGCAAAGAAAUCUACUGUUAAGGUACUUCCAAAGAAGACAAAGAAUGCAACAACACCUAUUCCACAAAUAAUUCCACCAAUAAUUAAUAUUGAAGAAGAUAUUCCUGAAAUACCCUCAAUUGUUGAGAAUAGUAGCAUCUCAAUAGAUCAACAACAAGAAAACCAACCUGUUACACCUUUGAGAAGUCCAAUAAGAUCGAGAAGAUCGAGUCGUAAAACACCUUCUUCUAUCAUUAAGAUUCCAUUCUCAACACUGGACAAUGCAUCCUAUGUUUCUCCAAUGAAAAACAAGAUGCCACCAACACCAUUGGGAACUCCUUCUAUCACUAAUGACAUUAUAAUAGAUGAUUAUUCUACAUUGGAAUUUAAAUUUGAUGAGGAUGAUUUGGAAAUUUCUAAAGGACUCGAAGAUAGAGUAUUCAUGACAACUCCACUCAAAAAGAGAAAGACUGACGAAGAUAUUAUGCAGUAA